AUGACAUCGGAUAUAGCUUUUGUGAAGUCUGGUGACGGCACGACGGAGCGGAAUUUGGCUGGCCAAUAUUCGGCACCUUUUGAAAUACGCGAUGAGCUGGAAACUACAUCUCAACGGGACGUUCUCAUGGAACGGAUGGAGGCUGUCAAACGUGAGAAUGAGAGUGGAUACAAGGGGGAAGGAUUUGUGCGACGGACGCAAGAAAUUAUGAAAACGGGUCAGAAACGAGCUUUGAAUGAUGAUGAUGAUGCGAACAACGACAACCGGGCAGUGGAAGCCAAGAGGAUGCAUUUGGAGGAUACCGACUCGUACGCGAUCCCAGAGACUUCUAGAAGUAUGGUGAACGCUCUUGGAAAAGAGCUAGUCAAUGAGAUACCCGGUGUUCGUGAUUUGCAGUUCUUCGGGCCACAUGACAAGCAAUAUUUUGGAGAACUAUUGGUUGAAAAGCCGGAUAUGACGCCAGAGGAGCAGAAAGACAGACAGUUUUUGCAACUCCUGUUGAGAAUCAAAAACGGUGCUCCUGCCACGCGGAAAACCGCUAUGAGAAUGCUGCGGAAUCGGGCCGCAGAUUUUGGUGCUCCGCGGAUUUUUGACCGCGUGCUCCCGAUCUUGCUGGACAAGUCGUUAGAUGACCAGGAACGGCAUCUCAUGGUCAAGGCUGUUGAUCGCGUUUUAACUCAACUCCAGGGCCUUGUCAAACCUUAUGCACACCAGCUGCUGGUAGUAAUUGCUCCUUCUUUAAUUGACGAAGAUCCUCUGGCGCGUCAAGUGGGUCGUGAGCUUAUAUCAAGGCUGGCAAAUGCCGUAGGACUUUUUUGCAUGAUUUCGACCAUAAGGCCUGACAUCGAUCACCAGGACGAGUAUGUCAGAAACGUCACCUCCAGAACGUUAGCCGUGGUCGCCAGAACAUUGGGCGUAGCCCAGUUAGUUCCCUUCUUUCGUGCUGUUUGCCAUUCUCGCAAAUCUUGGAGGGCUCGCCAUACAGGCAUUAGAAGCAUCCAACAUCUGUCAAGUCUGCUAGGUAUAGCCGUCCUGCCUUAUUUGACUGGAUUGAUCGAAUGUACGGAUGAAGCCCUUUAUGACGAAUACGUGCCAGUGCGUAUCGCGGCUGCGCAAUGUUUGGCCUCAUUGGCUCAAAAUUCAAAGCCAUAUGGUAUCGAGGCUUUCAAUCAAGUCCUCGAACCGUUAUGGAAGGGUAUCAAGAUGCAACGCGGGAAAGCUUUGGCCUCCUUUUUACGUGCGUUGGGGUUCAUAAUCCCGUUAAUGGACACUGAAUAUGCUGGCUUCUAUGCGCAAGAAGUCCUAAGAAUUGUGAAACGUGAACUUGCUUCACCAGACGAUGAAAUGAAAAAGGCAGUUUUAACUGUUUUGCAGCAGUGCUGUUCAACUGAAGCUGUUACAACAAGCUAUCUCCAGCACGAGAUUUUGGAUGACUUUUUCAGUAGUUUUUGGAGUAGACGAAUUGCAUUGGAUCGUCAAAUAAGCAAAAUGGCGACCUACACGACACUGGUACUUACCGAGCGGACGGGCUGUUCUUCAUCAAUAUCUCGUUUGAUCGAUCCACUAAGAGACGAAUCUGAGCCACUGAGGAUCAUGGCUUUACAUGCUGUCAACAGGCUGAUCAAGAGUAUGGGCAGCGGAGAUAUUGAUACUGAACUAGAAAGACGUCUCAUUGAUGCCCUUUUGGUGGCUUUCCAGGAGCAAACAAACGAAGAGAAAAUAACAAUAUAUGGCUUUGGAACAGUGGCGCUAGCAUUUGAUAAGAGAAUGAAGCCUUAUUUACCCCCCAUUGUGAGCACUAUACUCCUUCGAUUAAAACACAAGUUACCAUUGGUAAGACAACAGGCUGCAGAUCUUUGUGCAGUACUGAUACCAGUGAUUAGAAGCUGUGAUGAAUUCUCGAUAUUGAAUAAACUCAACAUUAUUCUGUAUGAAAGCUUAGGUGAAAUGUUUCCAGAGGUUUUAGGCUCUGUUAUCGGUGCAAUGAGUCAAAUCGCAUCCCACGUCGAUCUUUCACAACUCCAGCCUUCACCAAGCCAGAUUUUAGUGACUUUGACUCCUAUUUUGAGAAAUCGCCAUAGGAAGGUCCAAGAGCCAAGCAUUGAACUUAUUGGGAAGUUUGCCAAAGGUAGUGCAGAAUCUGUGCCUCCGAAAGAGUGGAUGAGAAUUUGCUUUGAGCUCUUAGAAAUGCUCAAGAGCACAAACAAGUCCAUACGCAGAGCUGCCAAUCGCUCCUUUGGAGAAAUUGCGAAAGCAAUAGGACCUCAAGAUGUCCUGGUAACUUUACUGAACAAUCUUAAAGUUCAAGAACGCCAACUGCGUGUUUGUACAGCAGUUGCCAUUGGAAUUGUUGCGGAAACAUGCGGAUCAUUCACAGUCAUACCUGCGCUAAUGAAUGAGUACAAGACCCCUGAAACGAAUGUACAGAACGGUGUUUUGAAAGCAAUGACGUUCAUGUUUGAGUACAUUGGAAAAUUGUCGCAAAAUUAUAUUUAUUUUAUUCUACCACUACUUGAAGACGCACUCACAGACAGAGAUUUAGUUCAUCGCCAAACUGCGUCUACGGUUAUUCGUCACCUAGCUUUGAAUUGCAUGGGAUUCGGAAACGAAGACGCUUUCCUUCAUCUUUUGAAUCUGCUAAUGCCUAAUAUUUUUGAAACGUCCCCCCAUGUCAUUGUGCGGAUUGUAGAAGGUCUAGAUUCUUUGAGAUGCGCGUUGGGACCCGGUAUCAUGAUGAACUAUGUUUGGGCAGGACUUUUUCAUCCGGCAAAGAAUGUUCGAACCGCAUAUUGGAGUCUCUACAACAACGCUUAUAUCCAAAGCAUGGACGCACUUGUUCCUUACUUUCCAACGCUCGAAGAAGAUGCUUUUAGAAUUUCUGAACUAGACGAGCUUUUAUAA